AUGAAGAUGCUCAGCUUCAAUGUGAGAGGGGUGGCCAGUCGGGUCAAAUGGCGGCGUAUCCGCGAGAUUGUUGUGGAGGAGCAAGUGGACAUGAUUCUCAUUCAGGAGACAAAAUUGCAAGAGGUUAGUACUCGACUUUGUUAUGCUCUUUGGGGGGAUGGUAAUUUUGAUUGGAAAGCAAAACCGGCUAUCAAUAGAGCUGGAGGUUUACUUUGCAUUUGGCGCAAAGACACUUUUAAAUUACAUGAUUGUCUGAUGGGCAAUGGUUUUAUUGGACUCUUGGGAUCAUGGGGAGAACAUGAGGUAGAUUGUGUAAUAGUAAAUGUUUACUCAUCAUGUAUUCUGGAGGAGAAACGCACACUUUGGGCCCAGUUAGUAGAGUGGAAAAGGAGAUCAGCAGUGCUGGCGUGGUGUGUUGCAGGAGAUUUUAAUGCAAUCAGACCAGUGGAUGAAAGGAGAGGGGUGGCAGAGAUGUCUAAUCAUAUUCUGAAUGAGAUAGCGGAGUUUAAUUCUUUCAUUGAUAACUUGGAGGUCAUGGAUAUUCCAAUUCAUGGUAGAAAAUACACUUGGUUUAAACCGAACGGACAAUCUAUGAGUCGCUUGGACAGGUUUCUAGUUUCCCAAGGAUGGGCUAGCACUUGGCCACACUGUUUUCAAGUUGUUUUGGAUAGAGAUAUUUCUGAUCAUUGCCCGCUUUUGUUGAGAUUAGUGGCGCAGAAUUGGGGACCGAAGCCUUUUAGGGUCUUGAAUUGUUGGUUCCAACACCAUUCCUUCAAGAAGUUUGUGGAGGACUCAUGGACAAAGCUACAAGUACAAGGGAGAGGGAUCUUCAUCUUUAAGGAGAAGCUGAAAAUGUUAAAAGCUGAUCUGAAAAAGUGGAAUGUUAAGGUGUUUGGGGAUGUUAACGCCUCGAGAAGGGGGCUAGUGAAGAGAUUAGGAGAAUUGGAUGCCUUGGCAUAA